ACUCCUUUCCACCCAAAUAAUCCAUUUGGAGUCCAUUUCUCGUCAUUUCUCAAUCUCCGAUGGGCCUAAGAUGAACAUUCUCCCACCUCCGUCUUCCUCGUCGUCGUUUCCGCCAUAUCCAAACUCCGGUACACCGGCGGCUUUCACUCUCUCUCACAACACUAUAUCUCUCUGCUCCAUCAACCCACCCUUAACCGCCGCUAAUCGACCCUCGCGCCGCCCGACUUUCGUACGGUUCUCCUCCGGCACUGCUAACAGCUCCGCCGGAGACCUCUCGUCGUUUCUGGGCUCUUCGUCGGAGCCAUAUUCAACGCACAACGACCAAGAGCUUUUGUCUCUCCUCCGCAAUCGAAAAACCGAUGAGGCUUGGGCUAAGUAUGUUCAAUCCACUCAUCUCCCUGGACCCACUUGCCUUAGCCGUUUAGUUUCCCAAUUGUCUUAUCAAUCCAAGCCCGAUAGCCUCACGCGCGCUCAAUCCAUCCUCACGCGCCUCCGCAAUGAGCGCCAGCUCCAUCGCCUGGACGCUAAUUCCCUCGGCCUCCUCGCCAUGGCUGCCGCCAAGUCUGGCCAGACUCUUUACGCCGUCUCCGUUAUCAAAUCAAUGAUUCGCUCUGGGUACUUACCGCACGUCAAAGCGUGGACAGCUGCUGUAGCUAACCUCUCUUCUGCCGGAGACGACGGACCCGAAGAAUCAAUCAAACUCUUCACAGCUAUUACACGGCGAGUGCGACGCUUCGCCGACCAGUCUUUGGUCGCUCAAUCUAGGCCUGACACGGCGGCGUUCAACGCUGUGCUUAACGCUUGUGCAAACCUUGGUGAUGCUGAGAAAUUCUCGAAACUGUUCGACGAAAUGUCUGAGUGGGAUUGUGAAUCUGAUGUGUUGACUUAUAACGUUAUGAUUAAGCUGUGUGCAAGAGUUAAUCGGAAGGAACUGAUUGUGUUUGUCUUGGAGAGGAUAGUUGAGAAGGGAAUUAAGGUUUGCAUGACGACGAUGCAUUCCCUCGUUGCAGCUUAUGUUGGGUUUGGUGAUUUGAGAACUGCAGAGAGAAUUGUUCAAGCGAUGAGGGAGAAAAGGAGAGAUCUUUGCAAGGUUCUGCGAGAAUGCAAUAUCGAGGAUUUGAAGGAGAAAGAAGAGGAAGAAGCAGAAGAUGAUGAGGAUGCGUUUGAGGACGGUGAAGACUCGGGUUACUCGCCUCGGGAUGAGGUAAACGAAGAGGUGUUUGAGGAUGUGUUCAAGAAAUUGCUGCCUAACUCUGUCACCCCGAGUGAUAAGCCACCAUUGUUGCCUAGAGUUUUUGCACCAGAUUCAAGGAUCUACACUACGCUGAUGAAAGGUUAUAUGAAGAAUGGGCGAGUGGCAGACACAGCUAGAAUGCUUGAGGCAAUGAGGCGUCAAGAUGAUAGUAAGAGCCACCCAGAUGAAGUUACCUACACCACGGUUGUGUCAGCUUUUGUAAAAGCCGGGUUGAUGGAUAGAGCGCGACAAGUGUUAGGUGAGAUGGCUCGGAUGGGUGUACCUGCAAAUAGGAUCACUUAUAAUGUUCUGCUCAAAGGGUAUUGUAAGCAGUUGCAGAUAGAUAAGGCGGAGGAUUUGCUAAGAGAGAUGGCUGAAGAUGCAGGGAUCGAGCCAGAUGUGGUUUCCUAUAACAUCAUUAUAGAUGGAUGCAUUCUUAUAGAUGAUAGCGCAGGAGCUUUAUCGUUCUUCAAUGAGAUGAGAACAAAAGGGAUUGCACCAACUAAGAUUAGUUACACUACUUUGAUGAAGGCUUUUGCAAUGUCGGGGCAACCCAAGUUGGCGAAUAGAGUGUUUGAUGAGAUGAUGAGGGAUCCAAGGGUCAAAGUGGAUUUGAUCGCGUGGAACAUGUUGGUUGAAGGGUAUUGCAGGCUAGGUUUGAUUGAAGAUGCAAAGAGAGUAGUUUCAAGGAUGAAAGAAAACGGGUUUUACCCAAAUGUGGCGACUUAUGGGAGUCUAGCCAACGGGGUUUCUCUGGCAAGGAAACCUGGUGAGGCGCUCUUGCUUUGGAAGGAAAUUAAGGAAAGGUGUGAGGUGAAAAAGAGAGAAGAAUCUGAAGGACAUUCUACAGAUCCUUCUCCUUCGAUGCUGAAACCAGAUGAAGGUUUGUUAGAUAUGCUAGCGGAUAUAUGUGUGAGGGCUGCGUUUUUCAAGAAGGCAUUGGAGAUAAUCGCGUGCAUGGAGGAGAAUGGGAUACCUCCUAAUAAAACUAAGUACAAGAAGAUAUAUGUGGAGAUGCACUCGAGGAUGUUCACUAGCAAACAUGCUUCACAAGCCAGAGUAGAGAGGCGGGUAGAACGAAAAAGAGCAGCUGAAGCUUUCAAGUUUUGGCUUGGUUUGCCUAAUUCUUACUAUGGAAGUGAGUGGAAGUUAGGUCCAAGAGAAGACUAGAUCAUCCUAUUGAUCAGGCUACUCUCAUACACCAAUGUAUACUAGGUUGUGUCGUAGAUGUUAGAUGUCGUCUAUACUUCGAAAGUCAGUAGGUGUGAAUGAACAGUGACCUAAACAUUCAAC